GGUCCCUCGGAGUUGAGGAGAGGAAUGCGGAGAGCCCCCACCGCCUCCCCCUACCCUGCCUCCAUUCAUCCACUCACUUCAGUUAUUCAAGCAAGAGCGCCUAAGAGGCAGCAUGAAGUCUGUCCACUUCUUUUCAGCCACCUGCACUUGUUCUGUCCGAGUAGCCCACUGAAGUCUUUACCGCCAUGGGGAAAAGUCUGAAGUCUGUUUCUCUCCUUCCACUCCUCAUUUUUACUGAAGUCUCUGGUCUAAACAUCCGAAACAAGCUGCUGGGCACAUGCCUUCAAGUACAGGAUGAUUCCCCUGGAGUGAGGGUGUCGCUGGGACAAUGCGAGCCGCAUUCAGCCUUCCAAGAAUGGCUGUGGCUGCCUGAGAGCAAGUCUCUCCGAAACCAGUACACCGGGGAGUGUCUGACUGCUCCCGAAGAGCAGUUUGAGGGUGUACAUCUGCAACCCUGCCACUUUCAAAAUGAAGAGGCUGGUGGCCAGCUAGCGCAGGCCUCAAAGAUGGGCGGUGAUGCAGGCAGCCAGCAAUGGGCUUGUUCCAAGAAAGGCCACCUGACUUUGCUCGGUAAGGGGCUGCACCUCAGUGCUACGCAAGAAUCCACUUUGGUCUUCCUAUCACGGGAACAUAAACAGGGCAGCAGGUGGAGGACGCUGGAAAACCAAACAUUGUUGUGUGGAGGGAGGGACACAAAACACCACCAGCACCAUCAAGCACACCACCCUCUGGGGAAAUCAAUGGAACCGAUCCUGUUACCAAGUGCUAUCUCGGAUAUGGACAGAAAAGCAGUUGAAGCUACAUUUAGUGAUGGAGUCACCGAAGAAUUUGCAGGCAGAGAUGUGUCUGAUGUUUUCUCCCGAAGCACAAAGUCCCCCGAGGAUCCUACCAUGGUUUUCUUCACGAUGGACUAUGGCAUGAGCUGGAAAAUAACCAUGUUGGUUUUAAGCUCCUUGGCUCUCGUGCUUGGAACGGUCAUUCUUAUUUUCAACGUUUACUCCAAUAGAAGGAAAAAGGUGGUGUGUGUUUUGAAGUCGUACACUCCAAAGCCAGAGGCGGGCAUCCCUGGGUCCCCCGUGCCCUGUGAGAGAGCCCCGUUAACGGAACACGCCAUGCGCUACCCGCUCUCCUCCCCAACAAUGCAGCGAGGAGAAAUUCUGAUUGAGUGGAAAGACGGCGCGGUUACGCCACUGUAUGAAGCCUGAUGGUUGUGCGCGACAUUCAACGGCAUGCUUACAGAAGGGAACAAAUAUAAGAAUUGAGUUAUGUUUGGUUUUUGAAUAUUUUGAGUCGAGUGUGUUUGGAAAGUUGCACACGGUUUCCAUAUGGGCUUGUGGUUUAAGUGCAGCCAGCGCAGCGAAACAAAAACAGUAGCUUGGCAACCUUGAAACAGUUUGGAAAACUGUUUAUUUUUUUUUUGUUUGUUUUGUUUUGGGUUUCCGUAGUUGAAGCAACAUUUCGUGAAUGGACGGAACCAAACGAUUAUUAGUAUUUUUUUCAUUCCAGUUUGCGUUGAGCUAAUUAAGAGGGAUUGUUUGACUUGGAAAUCCAAUUGUAGUCACCAGUUAACUAAAAAGGUCGAAUUUUGUUCUCUUGUACCAUAAUGAUUGUUGCAGUUUCAACAUGUGGUCAUUAACGAACAGGAUGUAAUCAUCCCUGGGGCGUGGGGGGGGGGGUGGUUUCUUGUGACAAGUUUGCAUCCCCAGGCAAUUUGGUGUGUUUGCCUCAUAGUGUGUUUGUUACUGGUUUUGGUUAGUGCAAAAGUUUUCUCCACUCUCUGUGAUAAAAUGAAACCGGAUUAACAUUUAGUUCUCAUGUUAUCCAUUUUUCCCCACGUAGCACUUUUUUUAAUGCUAAUUAUUUUCAUGACAACAUUUUUUACAAUCUGUGGACAUGUUUACACAUUUGUCUGUUGUAGAAAUGACGACAUUAAAACAUUUUGUACUGUACUAAUAUUUCAUGUUCAUGUGGGGCUUGAAGAGCACAGUAGAAAUUUGUGAGACCAAUUAGUUUGGCGCCAACGUGCUUAGUCAAUGUAUUUUUUUUCACAAAAUAAAAGCACUGUAACUUUAAAAGGAAAAUAAAACCUUAUAUGAAUGUAUUAAAACCACUGACUUUGUA